CUCUCUGUGGCGCGCUCUCUCUCCUCCAGCUCUCUAGCGGGACCGCCGGCUCACGAGCCAGAGCCGAACCCUAGGCAAGCGUUCACCCGCUCCGCUCGGCUCCGCAGCCUCCCCGAGCGUCGGGAGGAGAUGGAGCCCCGGCCCGCGGCGCCCUCGUCUGGCGCACCGCGGCCCGCCCGGGAUGGGGACGCGCCGCUGGCUAUCGCCGGGGUGGACCUGCCCGGGACUGCCGUGCCUUCCUCCGGUCGAGAGGAUGCUACGGCCGGGAGCCAGGCCGGCGGGGUGCGCGGAGAGGGAGCGGCGGCGGCGGGCGAUGGUCUGGGCAGACCUCUGGGGCCCACCCCCAGCCAGAGCCGCUUCCAGGUGGACCCGGUUUCCGAGAACGCCGGGCGGGCCGCGGCGGCUGCGGCGGCGGCCGGGGCGACAGGCAAGGAGACCCCGGCGGCCGGGAAAGGCAGCGGUGAGAGCGGCGCUGCUAAGGGCAGCGAGGAAGCCAAGGGCCGCUUUCGCGUGAACUUCGUGGACCCGGCUGCCUCAUCGUCCGCGGACGACAGCCUGUCGGAUGCGGCGGGGGUCGGAGGCGACGGGCCCAACGUGAGCUUCCAGAACGGCGGGGACACGGUGCUAAGCGAGGGCAGCAGCUUGCACUCGGGCGGCGGCAGUGGACACCAUCAGCAGUACUACUAUGACACCCACACCAACACCUACUACCUGCGCACCUUCGGCCACAACACCAUGGAUGCGGUGCCCAGGAUCGACCACUACCGGCACACGGCCGCGCAGUUGGGCGAGAAGCUCCUCCGGCCCAGCCUGGCAGAGCUCCACGAUGAGCUGGAAAAGGAACCUUUUGAGGAUGGUUUUGCAAAUGGAGAAGAAAGCACUCCAACCAGGGAUGCUGUGGUUACGUACACUGCCGAAAGUAAAGGGGUUGUGAAGUUCGGCUGGAUCAAGGGCGUAUUAGUACGUUGUAUGUUGAACAUUUGGGGUGUGAUGCUCUUUAUUAGAUUGUCGUGGAUUGUGGGUCAAGCUGGAAUAGGUCUCUCCGUUCUUGUAAUAGUGAUGGCCACUGUCGUGACGACUAUCACAGGAUUGUCUACUUCAGCAAUAGCUACCAAUGGGUUUGUAAGAGGAGGAGGAGCAUAUUAUUUAAUCUCUAGAAGUCUAGGGCCAGAAUUUGGUGGUGCAAUUGGCUUGAUCUUUGCCUUUGCCAAUGCGGUGGCAGUUGCUAUGUAUGUUGUUGGAUUUGCUGAAACUGUGGUGGAGCUGCUUAAGGAACAUUCCAUACUUAUGAUAGAUGAAAUCAAUGACAUCCGAAUUAUUGGAGCCAUCACAGUAGUGAUUCUGCUGGGCAUCUCAGUAGCCGGGAUGGAGUGGGAAGCCAAGGCUCAGAUCGUCCUCCUGGUGAUUCUUCUGCUGGCCAUCGCUGACUUUGUCAUAGGAACGUUUAUCUCACUGGAGAGCAAGAAGCCCAAGGGGUUCUUUGGCUAUAAAUCUGAAAUAUUUAAUGAGAACUUUGGACCAGAUUUCCGAGACGAAGAGACUUUCUUUUCUGUGUUCGCCAUUUUUUUCCCUGCUGCAACUGGUAUUCUAGCUGGGGCAAACAUCUCAGGUGAUCUUGCAGACCCUCAGUCAGCCAUACCCAAAGGAACACUUUUAGCCAUUUUAAUUACUACAGUGGUUUACAUAGGAAUUGCAGUGUCCGUAGGUUCUUGUGUUGUUCGGGAUGCCACUGGGAAUGUUAAUGAUACCAUUACCACAGAGCUAACGAACUGUACUUCUGCAGCCUGCAAAUUAAACUUUGACUUUUCCUAUUGUGAAAGCAGUCCUUGUUAUUAUGGACUAAUGAACAACUUUCAGGUGAUGAGCAUGGUGUCAGGGUUUGCACCCUUGAUCUCUGCAGGUAUCUUUUCAGCCACACUUUCAUCAGCUCUAGCCUCUCUCGUGAGUGCUCCCAAAAUAUUUCAGGCUCUAUGUAAGGACAAUAUCUACCCAGCUUUCCAGAUGUUUGCUAAAGGUUAUGGAAAAAAUAACGAACCUCUUCGUGGUUACAUCUUAACAUUCUUAAUUGCACUUGGAUUCAUCCUAAUUGCUGAAUUGAAUGUUAUUGCUCCAAUUAUCUCAAAUUUCUUCCUUGCCUCAUAUGCGUUAAUCAAUUUUUCAGUGUUCCAUGCAUCACUUGCAAAAUCUCCAGGAUGGCGUCCUGCAUUCAAGUACUACAACAUGUGGAUCUCCCUUCUUGGAGCCAUUCUGUGUUGCAUCGUCAUGUUUGUCAUUAACUGGUGGGCGGCCUUGCUCACCUACGUGAUAGUUCUCGGACUGUAUAUUUAUGUUACCUACAAAAAACCAGAUGUGAACUGGGGAUCGUCCACUCAAGCCCUGACUUACCUGAGUGCACUGCAGCAUUCAAUUCGUCUCUCUGGGGUGGAAGACCACGUGAAAAACUUCAGGCCACAGUGUCUUGUUAUGACAGGGUCUCCAAACUCGCGCCCUGCUUUACUUCAUCUUGUUCAUGACUUCACGAAAAAUGUUGGUUUGAUGAUCUGUGGCCAUGUGCAUAUGGGCCCUCGAAGACAAGCUAUGAAAGAGAUGUCCAUUGAUCAAGCCAAAUAUCAGCGAUGGCUUAUUAAAAACAAAAUGAAGGCUUUCUAUGCUCCGGUUCAUGCAGAUGACUUGAGAGAAGGUGCCCAGUAUUUGAUGCAGGCUGCUGGUCUUGGUCGUAUGAAACCAAACACGCUUGUCCUUGGAUUUAAGAAAGACUGGUUACAAGCAGAUAUGAGGGAUGUGGACAUGUAUAUAAACUUAUUUCAUGAUGCUUUCGACAUACAAUAUGGAGUUGUGGUUAUCCGCCUGAAGGAGGGCCUGGACAUAUCCCACCUCCAGGGACAAGAAGAAUUACUAUCUUCACAAGAAAAAUCCCCAGGUACCAAGGAUGUGGUGGUGAAUGUGGACUGCAGUAAAAAGUCAGAUCAAAAUACUUGCAAGUCAUCUGGUGAAAAAUCCAUUACACAUAAAGAUGAGGAAGAGGAUGGCAAGACUCCAACUCAGCCACUGUUGAAAAAAGAAUCCAAAGAUCCUGUUGCACCUUUAAAUGUAGCUGACCAAAAGCUUCUUGAAGCCAGUACACAAUUCCAGAAAAAACAAGGAAAGAAUACUAUUGAUGUCUGGUGGCUUUUUGAUGAUGGAGGUUUGACCUUGUUGAUACCCUAUCUUCUGACUACCAAGAAAAAGUGGAAAGAUUGUAAGAUCCGAGUAUUCAUUGGUGGAAAAAUAAACAGAAUAGACCAUGACCGGAGAGCGAUGGCUACUUUACUUAGUAAAUUCCGAAUAGAUUUCUCUGAUAUCAUGGUCCUAGGAGAUAUCAACACCAAACCAAAUAAAGAAAAUAUUACUGCUUUUGAGGACAUGAUUGAGCCAUACAGACUUCAUGAAGAUGACAAAGAACAGGACAUUGCAGAUAAAAUGAAGGAAGACGAGCCUUGGCGAAUAACAGACAAUGAGCUUGAGCUUUAUAAGACCAAGACAUACCGGCAGAUCAGGUUAAAUGAAUUAUUAAAGGAGCACUCAAAUACAGCCAAUAUUAUUGUCAUGAGUCUCCCAGUUGCACGGAAAGGUGCUGUGUCCAGUGCUUUGUAUAUGGCUUGGUUAGAAGCUCUAUCUAAAGACCUGCCACCAAUCCUCUUAGUUCGUGGGAAUCAUCAGAGCGUCCUUACCUUCUAUUCUUAAUUAUUCUGCACCAUGGACUGCCCUCCAGGAAUGGUACUUCAGUGCCUAGCGAAAGCGCUGAAAUCGUCAGUAACACCUUCCUAUCACACUGGUGAACUGGGACUUUGUUUCAGUCUUCUUUAUUUGAAAGCACAGGGAAAAGUUGCUCCAUUGGUAGAUAGACGUAGACUUGAGUUCUACUGGACUCCACAUCUCAGUCUCAGUGACCGGGUAGUCUUUCCCGUCGGACUGAAGUUCGUGAGAGUAAAGUUGUCCUUUGCUACUUGAAAGCAAUAAGAGUGUGUUAUUGUUUGAGUGAGGAAAGGAGUACAAAAGCCUUUAGCCUUGAGGUGCCUUCUGAAACUAACCAAAUUUCAUCCAUAUAUCUAUUGUCUUUUGUAAAUUUAUAGAAUGUUAAACUUUGCCUUCAGAUAUUUUUAUUUCUAAUGUCACUUUAAGUAGACACUCCUUUCAUCUUCCAUUGACCAGUUAGUUCUGAGUACUGUGUGUUUUGUAUUACUUUUGUAAAAGUAUCUGUUAGAUACUAAGAACAAACUAAUAAAAUAUAUGGGGGAAAGUAUCCAAAAAAUGAAGCCCAAGUUUAGGUUUCUGUGAGUAUGUGUACAUGUAGAGCUAGGAAAUAGAGGCCCAAAACACCAUUUUUAAUUCCAUUGAAAUUACGUAUUAUUUCUUGUAAAUCUUAGAGAAGGGUGAGGAUCUACCCAGUAUUUCCUAUAUGAUGCUGAAAAGUCACAUGUCCUUUUUCAAGCAAAAUCUGAGAUCAUUUGUAUUAUUUUUUAAACGAUGUGUUCUAAUUGAGAAUUCCUCUCAAAUGUGAGGGACUUUUAAGACAUGCUGACAGGUGUUUUUUGAGAAAAUUUAGACAAAGAAAUGCCAUUUAGUAGAACAUUUUCAAUAAACACUACAGGAGUUUCACUAGCCUAUGCCAUCCUUUAUUUUUUUAAAAAAAUCACUUAAAAUUUUAUCAAUGGUUAAAUGGACCACUGUUUUCUUAGUGGAAAUGGUUUUAGGCUUAAUUUAUUCAAGUGUCAAGUACAUUUAGUCUUAAUACACUCAGGUUUGAACAGAUUAUUCUGAGCAUUGAAUUUUAAUCCAUUCUUAAUACUUUAAACCUUCUGUGUUAAAGAAAACUGCCAGUUUGUGCGUUUGACCUUGUCGCCUACUCGAGCACUUGACAGUGUGAUGUGCUGUCCUGAAGCUUUAUCUACAGUUUUUAAUGUGAAGUUUCUCAUUUUCCAGGGAAGGAUUUCCUGAACACAUUUCAAGGGAUUCGUGUCUUCAUGUCUGUGUGUGUGUGUGCAAUGCCCGCACCAGGUGCACAUGCAUGUCUGUAUGUGUGUGUGCAGUGCACGCACAGGUGCACAUGCAUGUCUGUGUGUGUGUGUGCAGUGCGCGCACAGGU